CUCUGUUCUGAAGAUAUAGAGAGGCCAAGGAUUCUGCUCCAGAGUUCAGCGCAUCGCCACUCCAUUCAGUUUUCUACUCCUCCCUGCGCUGUCAACUGAUGAGGAACAUCGCUUUACGUCACCAGCAGUGACCACGCGUGCGCAGCGGCUCCGAGCUCGAUGCAAGAUGGCGAUGGCGAAGCUGGAGCUGUCCGUAGUGAAAAGGCUGAGAGCGGCAAACACGGCAGCCACAGAAAGCCCCAUCUGGUGAAGAUCCAUUUCCAACAGAUUUUAUCUGUCAUGACGGCAUCAUUUUUUUCAGAAUGGGAAAGCUUCAAUCCUCCAGCCAGGUUUUGAUCUGGGAUCUGACUUGUCCAGUAUUACUAUCAGCUGGGUUCCUAACAACAUCAAAAUCUAAGAGUCACUCAAAUCAUCAGGACCUGAAUAUCAUUGGGCUUCGAUCGUGAAAGGAAAAGGUUUUGGAAAGGCAGGAUUUGCAGGUGGGAAGCUCAAACCACCACACGUAGCAUCAAGACCUGACAGAUGCACGAUAUUCGUCGGGAGCUGAAUCUCACUGGUCUUUGAACAUGGAAGGACAAAACAUUGUUCACAGUGGAGAGAAACCAUUUACAUGUUCUGUGUGUGCACGAGGCUUCAGCCAAUCAUCUGGUUUGUCGAAACAUAAAUGCAGUCACACUGGGGAGAAACCAUGGAAAUGUGGUGACUGUGGGAAAGGCUUCAUUUCCCCAUCGAAGCUGGAAACUCAUCGCCGCAGACACACUGGUGAGAGGCCAUUCACCUGCUCCGUGUGUGGGAGGGGAUUCACGCAGUCAGCCAACUUGCUGACACACCGGCAAGUUCACACUGGGGAGCGGCCAUUCACUUGCUCUGAGUGUGGGAAGGGAUUCGCUGAUUCAUCCAGCUUCCUGAGGCACCAGCAGGUUCACAGUGGGGAGAGGCCAUUCAACUGUUCCGAGUGUGGAAAGAGAUUCAUUCAGUCAUCUGAUCUGCUGAGACACCAGCGAGUCCACACUGGGGAAAGACCUUUUAAAUGUCCAGACUGUGGGAAAUGUUUUAAAAGUUCCAGGGAAUUGACAUGUCACCUACGUGUUCACACUGAGGAGAGACCUUUUAAAUGUCCAGACUGUGAGAAGUGCUUUAAAGGCUCCAGGGAACUGAUGCUCCAUCAACGCAUUCAUACCGAUGAGAGACCAUUCAGGUGCCCUCACUGUGGGACUGGGUUCAAGUGGUCAUCUCACCUGACUGAACAUCGGCGAGUUCACACUGGAGAGAGGCCAUUCACCUGUCUUGCAUGUGGGAAGGGAUUCACUCAGUCAUCCAACCUGCUGACACACCAGCGAGUUCACAAAUAACUGCAAUGAUUGGAUUUUGCUGUUUGUCACAUCCAGAACUGAACUAUCUUCAAUGGGGUAGUAGGAAUUGCCGAUGCUGGAGAAUCUGAGAUAACAUGGUGUAGAGCUGGAUGAACACAGCAGGCCACGCAGCAUCAGAGGAGCAGGAAAGCUGACAUUUCGGGUCUGGACCCUUCUUCAGAAAGGGUUUUGAAGAAGGGUCCAGUCCCGAAACGUCAGCUUUCCUGCUUCUCUGAUGCUGCUUAGCCUGCUGUGUUCGUCCAGCUCUACACCUUGUUAUCUCUUUUCUUCAAUGGGGUCUAUUUUUAAUAAACCUCAGGCCACUUUUAGGUUUUAUUAUCCUGGAUAAAGAUAAAUAAAUUACCUUUGUCUUGAAUGCCACGUAUUUCCCUAAAACAUAAGUUUAGUUCCUCUGAAGAAUUCAUCAUUUUCUGUUUCUUCCAUGAAAAAUGUGAGGAGCUCCUGAAGUUUCUUCUGUUACUAAGACUAAGACAAUUGGAUCAACUUCCCUGUCUUCCACUGACCACAUUGCCUCAGAAUUUCCUCCUUCUCUGAGCCCUAAGAUGGCAGUUUUCUUUCAUUCCUCCUCCAUUUUCACUCAUCACCUCUCACUUUAUCCAUGAAACCCACCAGCUGCUCAAUCAAACCUGUUCCCGCUGCAUGACUGCGCUCAAUUUUUCCAUAUUUGCUGAUACUAUAAACCAUCCUGUCUUUCCCUUCAGGAACUCUCCCUCUGUCCUUCAAAUCUGCCAUCACUCCCGCUCCUGUAAAAACAAAUGCUUGACGUCUUCAUUCUUGCCAACUGCCCCAUCUCCAAUCUCCCAUUCUUCUCUGAAGCCAUAGCUGUAGAAAUCUACAGCACAGAAAAAGACCAUUUGGCCAUCAAGUCUCUGUCAGUCAAAAACAACCCAGCUAUUCUAAAAUAAGAGAGAGCUGUUCUAAUCCCAUUUUCAAGCACUUAGACCAAAGCCUUGUAAUGCCUUGGCAUCACAAGUGCAUAUCUAAAUACUAUUUAAAUGACACAAGGGUUUCUUAUAGACAGUGAGUUCCAGAUUCCCAACACCCUCUGGAUGAAAAAUAUUUUCUCUCAUCCCCUCUAAACCUUGUGUCCCCUGUGUGGGAGAAUAAUUAAAGCAUAAAGAGAGAUUAGAUGUAGAAUGUGUCUAAAGCCUCGAAUAAGAGGAUGGAAUGAUGGGAAAAUAGGUCAAGUAAGAUAUACGUGACAAAUUGUUGCAUGACUGCAGAAAGCUUAGAUCAUGUUGUGCAAUGUUGACCAGAAGCUUAAGACCCAUUCUGCUAAAAGAUAACGAAUCAGCGACCACAAGUUCUGAAAUCGUGACAUAUGACCUGCCUUAAGGGGAUGCGGUAGACUGUGUACAUGCUUGUUUGCAUGCAAUACCUGUGUCACAAUCUAUAACGGUGUGUAUAAGUAUUGCCUUGUUUUUGUACUCAUCGGAGACUACAGAUCUGACCUUUUGUCAGCAUUGGCUCCCCGUGAUAUCACGAAUAAAGCCUCUUUGCCUCGAA